AUGAAUUUUGAAAGUUUUAAGAAGAAAAUUCUAGAAUAUAUCAAACAUAUCCCUGAAUUUUAUAGAAAAGUAUUUAAAUGUUGGGUAAUAUCAGGCGGUGGACAAACAAAUAAACCUACCAACUUCACAGAAGUAAGCAAACAGACUAUACCUGAGCUUGGAUUUACACCAUUGAUUAUCGCUGUACAUGCAAGGAACUUACAGAUAGUCCAAUACCUCAUCACUGUGGGCUGUCAAAGGGAUGCAAGGGACAAUAUGAAUUUUGAAAGUUUUAAGAAGAAAAUUCUAGAAUAUAUCAAACAUAUCCCUGAAUUUUAUAGAAAAGUAUUUAAAUGUUGGGUAACAUCAGGCGGUGGACAAACAAAUAAACCUACCAACUUCACAGAAGUUAGCAAACAGGAUGAUUUUACACCAUUAUUGCUUGCUGUUCAGGAAGGAUACCCGGAUAUUGUUAGAUUUCUUAUUAAAGCAAACUGUGAUAGAGAAGCCAGAACAAAGCUUGGACUUACACCAUUAUUGGUCGCUGCUUACACUGGACACCUGACAAUUCUCCAGUACCUCCUCGCAGUUGGCUGUGUUAAAGAAACAAGAUCAUAUAAUGGAGAAACAGUAUUACAUCAUGCGGCAUGGGGUGGACAUUUACAGGUCACCAAAUGGCUGAUAGAAGACGGAGGAAUCAGUCCCUUGGUUGUGACACAUCAGAAUGAAACUCCUUAUGAUCUGGCAGCAAUAGAAUAUAAUGAUGAUGAUACACAGAGAAAACAAGAAAAGAAAGAAGUAAUGGACUUUCUCAAGGCUAUAGUUGGCCAAUCUCACAUAGCACAGAUAACCAUCAAUUAA